GUUGCGCGCGCACCUCGCCGUCGGAAGUGACUGUGUAUUCGGUUUAACGUUUAUUAAGAUGUUCGCGCACCGAAUUACGCGAGUUUGAAAAUACAAGAAGGAUGCCUGCUUUUGCAAUCCAUGAUAGGAUAGCUGAUGUCUUAUUUACGUAGGCGAAAGUGAUCCCGGGGCAAGCUACCUCGUUUGAAAACGAGGUUACUAUGGUAACAAAUGCAGCCCACGAGCAAUCAUAACAGAUUUCCAUACUUUCAAAGACGGUCCACGUCGUUGAGCAUCUACUAAGUGUUCAUUUGAGGAAGGCGGGUAACAAGCUUAGACUCUGAUUUGCUGAUUUUCCCGACGCUGAAUACAUAUAGUCUGUCUUCAUAUAAGAGGUGUCCCAGAGUGAUGAACUCAAGCCAUAUUUGCACAUCAGUGCCAAUUAACAGUAGCUGUGAGUAACAGUGACUUCAGAAUGAAGACAGGAGUGGCACAGGUCACAACACCUGUGUCCGGCAAUAUGACCUCUGGAUUAUCAUCGCCUGAACCAUGGAGCCCAUCUCCAUCCUACAGGCCAUAUACUCCAACAGCUCAUACUGGGUUAAGAAACCCUGAGGAGAGUGAUGGUAGAGGUGAUGGAGGAGAAGGAAAAAGUCCCGGAAUACGUUACAUUACGGAUUCCAUCAUAAGAAAGUUAACCAAACAGGAAAACCUGGCCUUUGCCCGGACGCUGAACCUGUCACUUUCAAAGACCGGAGGCAAGAAAUUCAAGUUCAUUGAAAACCUAGAUAAAUGUGAGCAUCUGCAGGUCCUCAACCUCAACCAUAACCUCAUUGAGAAGAUUGAGAAGCUUGAGAAGCUACACUGGCUGCAGGAGCUCCACCUCUCUCACAACCGAAUACGAAAAAUCGAAGGUUUAGAGCACAUGGGGAACCUUCAAGUCCUUAAUCUUGCGAACAACAACAUAGAGCAUAUUCCUCUCUGGCUGGCCAAAAAACUGCGAUCUCUCCAGUCCCUUAACCUUCAGCACAACAACAUUUCUUCAUUGCAUGAGGUGGCCAAGCUGAAGUCACUGAAGAACCUGACAGAAUUAGUAGUGGCGGAGAACCCUGUGUCCAACUUGCCCCAUUGUCGACUUUUCCUGGUCUUUCACCUGAGGACGCUGGAGAAGCUGGAUGAGAUGUCUGUCAGCCCGCAGGAAAGGGAGAUGGCUACACAGCGCUUUCAUACGGAGGAGAUGGAGCGGCUGGAGCAGGAGCUGGGAUGUCAGCUGGCGGAGAUGGAGAAGCUGAGGGCUGCGCAGGGGGCCACAGCAGAGGAGCUGAAGAGGCAGGAGGCGCUCAGUCGGAGCCUUCAGCUCCAGAGCCAGCAACAGCUGCGCAGCCAGAACCAGCUGGAGAGGGAGCUGAACACCAAGAACGAGCUGCUAAAGCGGAAGACGACGGAGCUGACGCGAGCUUGUCAGAAGCAGUAUCAGCUGGAACAGGAGUUGGCGUUCCAGAAAAUAGAUGCCAAGUUUGAGCCCUUGCCUUAUUAUCCCGACCAGGAGCCGGAGGAAGAGCAGGCACCUGGGGAGAGUCCUUACAUUGGAAAAGCGCGACACAAGAGGAACAUCUUUAUUUCUGAGGAUCUGAAGCAGCACCGUGACUCAACCUGUGAUGUCGAUUCAGGGGCAAACAAACCAGGCCCUCAGGUUUACAGCUUUGCACAAGCGCAAGCCGAAGAGCGACUGCGACAGCUGCAUGCAGAGAUCGAAAACGCAGAGCGGCAGAUGCUGAGGGCCAGCUCUGAAUUGCGGAAACUGGAAGAUUCCGUGUCUCAAAGACGAAUUGCUGAGGCUGAGGCGGAGCAGCUGAGGCAGCAGCUCAGCAGGAAGCUGCCUCUGCAGGAGCAGCUGAGGAGCGAGGCCCACGCCUUGGAGGGCCAGCUGGAGCACCACCGGGCCGAGAUGUGCCGGGCACAGGCCCAGCUGGACUCCCUGCAUAACCUUCUGGAAACCUUAGACCCCAGCGACCCGCAGCACGCUCAUGUGAAGACUCAGAUUUCCAGUAAGAACCAACUGCUGGACAUUAUGAGCAAGAGGUACCUUGAGCUGGAAGCCAGGCUGGAAGAUGUGCUUUGUCGGAUUGACCAGGAGGCGGACGAGAUCAAAGAUCUAGAGCAGCAGCUAACAGAUGGUCAAAUUGCAUCAAACGAGGCUCUGAAGCGAGACUUGGAAGGAGUCAUUGAUGGGCUUCAAGAGUAUCUGCAUGGGGUGAAAGCUGAGGCCCAGCGUGCCCAGACAGAAUCCCAGCAGCUGCAAAAUGAGAGAGAAGAAUUGCAGCGCCGCCUGCAGGACAGUGAGGAGCAGCGCAACCAGCUGGAGGUCGUUCUAAUUGAUGCCAAAAGUGCCACGGAGGAGGUGGAGCACUUGCAGCAGGAGGUGAGCGGGCUCCAGAGGGAGAAUGCUGAGCUCCUUGAGGCCCAGGAUCAGAUGUGCGCCUUUGAAGGAAAGCUGGAGGCCCAGCUGCAGGAACAUAACGCAGAAGUUGGGAGGCUGAAGCAGGAGCUAGACAGACUGCGCAAGCUCAGUCAGAUGGAGCAGGCAGCACUGAAGGCAGAGCUGGAGAAGGAACGGCAGGCAAAGGAGAACGCUCUGGCCCAGGGUCAGCUGGCCGCCGGCCGCGACCAGGAGCACGAGGAGCUCCAGGAGCAGUGGCAGUCGCUGCAGGAGGAGAAGGCAUCUCUGAGGAGACAGGUGAAGACCCUGCAGGGACAGCUGGAGCAGGCCAGGGCCACGCUGCUCAGCCCACAGGAAGUGAUGCAAUGUCUGGAGAAUCUCAGGAGGGCCAUCGGGUCGGGGGAGUACAGGCCGAUCCAUGAUGAGGAUGUGUUAGGUCACGGCCUGGGUCAACUGCAGGCUGAGGUCGAAUGCGUGGUGUCCAGCGCACGAGCAGACAGGGAAGAGGCCCUCCGCGAACAGGGCAGGCUCACUCAGGAGGUGACCUCGCUGAAGGAGCAGCUGCAGAACACCAGAGAGGCGCUUCAGGCAUUCCAGGCCAAGGAUGCUGAGAGGGAUGAACGCGAGGCCGAAGAACUCGGGAAGCUAAAGGAGGAGCUACGAGAAUCACAGGAACUGCAGGGCCUGGCGGAACGGCGGCUCCGGGAAGCUGAGAGCGAGAGAGACCAUCUGCUGGCUGAGCUUGAUGACCAAGAUGACCAGGUAAAAUUGGAGGACUCUCGCAACCAGCAGCAGCUCCAGUGUCUGGAACAGGAACUGCUGGGGAUGAAGAGGUCCAGGGCAGCUGCGGACAAGAUGGCCGCCCAGCAGCUGAAUGCAGCCACAGAGCAGCUGCGCUCCCUCCAGGACACUGUGCGCAAGAUCGGCCAGGAGCGGGCCGAGGACGCAGAGGAGCUGACACAAUCCCGGAGACGGAUUGCAGCUGCGACUCGAGACCUCGCCAGAUCGGAGGCUGAGAUCCAGCUGCUGCAGGCGCUGUUGAGGGACAGGGAACCGCAGGUACAUGAAGUGGACCACAGUAAGCAGGGACAGCAGCGCGAGCUGGAUCGCUUGCAUCGGACCUUGAGCAGGCAGCACUCGCAGACCAAGCGGCUACGGGAGCAGCUGGCGCAGGUCCAGCAGGAUACCAGUGGCAACCUGGAUGAGCUGAUGGCUGAGAUCAGUGCUUUGAGGAACACCCUCUCACAGCAGAGCAACUUUGUCUCCAACCUAGAAGGGUCCCCUGGAGGAAGAGGCUUCUGGUACUACGUGCCAUCACCUCCAAACCCCCCUAGUGUUGAAUCCCAGGGCACACAGGACUCUGGUCUUGGCUUGCAAUACCCGCCGUCUCCUGACAGGGGGCGCCCCAUGACCCACCGAGGCAGGAAGGAUAAAGAGGAAUCUCCAAGUCCUGCUGCUGGGGGAUAUUGGAUUUAUUCCCCACGCAGACAUAGGCAUUCAAAGGCUUGCAAGGCAAAAGGUGAUCAGCCCGACAGCGGGGAGGACAGCGGGGGGGGCAGCGACAGCUCAGGGCGGUCCUUUGUGCCCCCGCCAGGCUCUGCCAUUUACACAGCGCUGCCCGACGGCUCCCCCCUCCCCCCCGGCACCGUGGUCUAUGCUCCCCCAGCUGCAGGGCUGUCCGUCUGCCCUGGGACAGUCAUCUACGGUCCUGCGCCGCCCAGAACCCAGCUGGUGUAUGGGCCCCCACCCUCCAGCCUGACAGUGCCUCUCGUCCAGGCCGGCAUCCUGCUCUGCAACGUGCCCAGUCACAAGGAGAUGGGGAGAGAGCAUCACAUGCUGGUGGAAGAGGUGCGGGAGCUGAAAAGGAAGCGGAAGAGGGAGGAACGUCGAGGAGGAGAUGUGCAGAGGUUGCAGGAGCUGCGCGAGGAUCUGGAGCAGGAGCUGCAGGAGCUGCGCAGAGCUGUGAGUCAGCUGCACAGGCGCAGGGAAGCCCUGCAGAGCAGUGUGAGCUCCAUGCUUGGGGAGAUGGAGCUGGGAGAGUCACGGCGGCAGCAGCACGGGGAGGUGCUGGAGGAGGUGCAGUGUGUGGAGAAGACACUGUCACGGCGGAGGGCAGAGCUCAGGGAGGCUGACCGGUUGCUGAUGCAGGCCCAGGAUGACCUGAAGGAGACCAGGGCAAAGACCAGAGAGAUGCUACAGAAGAACAGCGAGGCCCAGAAGAGGCUGCGAGGCACCGAGCAGGAGCUGGAAGAGAUGGAGCGUCGUGCCAAAGACUCCACAGCCCAGCUGGUCCAGGCCAGCCAGACGCUCAGGGACCUUCAGGACGCGGUGCAGGAGCUACAAAGGCGCCGGGUGGAGCAGGAACAAACCCUGCGAACCGUGGAGGAUGCGCUUGCCGGUCGGGAUACGACGUUCCAGGACAUCAGCAACCAGGUGGAUCAAAAGGCUAAGAAGCUGGAGACCCUACUGAGCAGCCUUCAGGAGGCACAGGGAAGAGAAGACCAGCACCUAGAGAGUCUCAAAGAGCUGGAGAGCCUGCUGGUUCGGCGCAGGAACGAGCUUGACAGGCUGAACACGGAGGUGGCCUUGCAGCAGGAGGAAGUAAGUUCCCUGGACAGAAAGCUGGAGCAGCGUCGUGAGGAUGAGCGCCUCCUGCUGGAGAGUGUGGAGCUGCGGAGGCAGAGUCUGGCAGAGGUGCUGCGGCACGGCGAGCAGGAAGCCAGGGAGCUGCAGAGGCACAUAAAGGAGCUCCGAAUGAACCUUGAGGCUCUGAGUGCCCAGAAGAGUGAGCUUGGCUCCCAGCUGGCGGAGAGGAAAACGGAAGUGUCUCUGCUCAGCCAGAAAUGUCUGUGGGAGGAGCGUAUGCAGCAAGACACUCUGUCCCAGCUCAACCAGCACACAGCAGGGCUGAAGCAGGUCCAUGUGGAGAACAAGGAGCCACAGGACGUGAAAUUACAGCGUUUGGAGCAGCUGGAGAGGAACCAGGUCUCCCUGAUGCAGGAGCGCAGCCAGCUGGAGGUCCUGAAGAAGAAAACACGAGCACUUAGGGAACAACUGAAGACACUGGAGAAAGACCGGGAUCUGCUCAAAGACCAGUCCAGGAACCUGGAGGCCAGACGGGGCCAUGCUGAAAGGUGCCUGGAGGUCGCGGAGCAGGAAGCCCGGGCUGCUGAGGCAGAGAGAACUCGUGUGGAGGCAGAGCUGGAGCAGGUCAAGCAGGAAGAGAGGCGCAUGCGAAGCUUAAAGCAGGCAGUGAGCAGUGACACUGCUGCAGCUCAACAACAACUGGAAGAAAAAACAGAGGAGCUGAAUCAACUAAUGAAGCAGGUGGACUGUGCUCGACAUGAGCUGGCGCAGAUAGGAGAGGAUAUCAGAGGUGCCACUAGGAGGCAUGACGAGUUGCAGGUGGAGCAAGAACAGCAGGAGGAGGAGCUGCAGGGAGGCGCGAGGAGGCUACAGGAAAGCAAGCACCAGAUGGAGGUGUUGAGCCAAGAGCUCCGGAAACUGGAGGAGGAACUGGUUAAGCGCCGGAUGAGCCUUAAGCAGCAGGAGCAGCAUAUACAGGCACUAAAACAGGAAGCAGUGGAGACUGAAGAACUGAAGCAGGAGAAGCUGCACAAGUUGCAGACUCAGGUGCGGGCACUAGAGGGCGCCUUGACUGAGCAUAGAGAGAAGCUGGAGCGGGUGACUGCAAUGGAAGAAAGGAGAUUUCAGGACAAAAUGAAACAAAUGGGCCAGGAGCUGUCAGAUCGGGACUCUCGACUGCAGGUCCAGGCAAAAGAAUCCAGGACCCUGCGUGUGGAGCUACAGAGCAAGCAGGAAGCCCUGCUCAAGGAGAGGAGAAACGCAGAGAAGAGCCAGACGGACCUCAGGACUCAAAUGGAGGAAAUGGAGCAGGAACGGGCCAAGUUACAGAGGAAGCUGGCCAGUGUGGAGCGAGUGGCCCAGGAGAACCAUCAGCGAGCGAGACGACUGCAGAAGGAGCUAAAUUUGACCUCGCGGGAGAUGCUGAGCCUCAAGGAAAAGCUGCGUGCCCAGCGGGAUGGAGAGAUCCGCCGGCGAGAGAUCAGGGAAACGAUGCACUCCCUGAAAUCGGAGGUCAGGGCAGUGCUCCAUACUGGCAUUGAAGAGUUGGAGAUGCCAACCAGUGAUACCUCUGACUCAGGGAGCCACAAGGAGAACUACCCUCAGGUGGCUUCGUUAAGGAAAACUGCCCUCACUGCGAAGGAUGAACAGUUGCAGGGGGAGGUUGUGAGGGAGAAACUGCGGCAACAGGAGGACCACCUCAAGACUCAGCUUCGCAGGAGGAUGUGGUCUCAACAGGAGGCUCUGAGCCAGCGAAGGCAUCAGACAGAGGGCAGUUUACAAGGUCUGCGUAAGCGAGUGGACAAGCUGGAUGAGCUACUGUGCCACUCUUCCACAGAUGCUGCACCCCUAAACCUCAACGAGCAUCCUCUUAAAAAUGGCUGUGUCCCACCGUCUGAGAGCUGGAGUCUACAGAGUGGAGAAAAUGAUUCCUGUAGCCCAGUGCGUCUGGUCUCAUCUCUCCCAGAGAAAAGUUCAGAUAAAAGUUGGUGACUCCAGAACUGCAGAACUUUUCUUUUUGGAGCCAAUGGAUUCCCAACCCCAAAACACCUUGAUUCUUUUGGCUGGUAGCAGGUUUGGUAAAGAAACCUCUUUUAGCAGGGUGGUCUAUAAGAGCAAGGUGGCCACAAGUUUUUGAGGUCGUUUUGAAGGUAUUGGUGUUUCACAUGUGAGAAUCCCUGUAAGGCAGUCUGUAAGGCACAUAGGUCAGUGAGAAACCUUGUCCUGUGUUGUUCUGUAUACAUUAGGAAUAUUGGUUUUCAGUGAUGGUUUUUAUGCUUUUUCUUACAUUGUCUUUCAGAAUCAGGAAUCAUUUGUGUCACUGACAGUUCUUUUUACUUUAUAAAACUGACUUACUGUGUUGAUCUACUCACAUAUUUUACUAUACAUUAAAUAUGUAUGGACUUUCAUGCCAAAUAGCUGAAAUGUAUUAUUCUGCUGUUUACAGCUACCUAUACUGUUUGUUUCAUAUUUAAAAAUGGAAUAAAUUAUAUUUUUCUAUA